AUGGCGCCGCCAAACAAAGCCAAAGCCAAGAAAGCCAAAGCCAAGAACAACAACGCUGGCCCUCCGCCGACAGAGCAGAUCGUCGAGUUGUCAUUCACGAACGACGGACAAAGUGCCUACAAACACCCUGAAUUUUUCGACUGCACCAAACCUUUCUUCGUCAACGCGCGGCAAGUUACAAGCACGCCAUACGAGAACGCAGCGAAGGAGGACGCACAUUCGAGAGCUUCUUUGGACACUAUCUGGCUAGACAAGUCAGAUGUCGCCUCGUCAUUGCAUACCGGGAUACUGUGGGGCCUACAGAACAAAGCCAUACGGGCCGAUAUUGCUAGCCUCCAGAAUGACAAGGACAAAGCCAUCACCGACCUCAAGUCAGCCGCCAACGACAAGCUCUGGCUUGCCCACCUGCUCCAAGGAAGGGAAAGGGCUACAAUAUCGAUCUUUGACCGGAGGGAUGACGCGGCUCGAGCGCAUGAACGCGGCGCGAUUGAGCGGAUAUGCAACGAGACACUUGAGAAGAUGAAGCGCUUCGCCGAGCAGAAUUUUUCGUACAACGAGUUCAUGCACGAGCGGGCAGAGAUCGAGAUUGAGCGCCCAGUGAGUGCUGGAGUCGAUAAGCGCCUCCAACCGCACAAAGCCCACGAGUCAGAACCCCGUGAGCAGAUCUAUAAGCUCGUCGACGCGAAGUACGACGAUAUCGAUUCCACGAUGGUUACCUUCUGCAACACUGCCUUCGCAGACGGCAAGCGGAUCGGUCGCGACAUCGGCUUCAAAGCCGGCUUCCGUAUGAAGAGGACCCUGGAGGAGCUUGAGCUCUCAGGCGGAAACGUCCCCAUCAGUGUCUGCGAGCCUUGGGUCCAGGAUGCUGUCAUCGAGGCCGCCGCUAUGAGCCUCGAGGCGACCCGCACGAAGCCCAAUCCUAUGCCGACAACAUACGACCAAGCAUGUGCCAUUCUCAAGAAGGAUAUCGUCAAUUAA